UGUUCUGUGCUUCUGAGUUGAGACAGCGAGGGGUGGGGAAUGGCACGGCUAAAUUAAGAGACAACACUGCUGUUUAAAAAAACAGUUUCAGUCACAGACCUGCGUUCAGUACUGGGUUAGCUACUGCUUUGGCUCGUGUGCAAACUGUCUAGAUCUAUUAGUAUUUUUUUUUUAAAUGUGCCAUAUUUAAAUAUUGCUUUAAAAAUAGCAAAAUCGCAAAGAAAAAGCACACACAUGUGGCCGUAACGUAAAUCAGCCUUGUCAAGGGCAUUUUGACAAGCGUGCACUUACUAGUUUUUUGUUGUAGAAUAUAUUAUUGUCGUAUUUAAAUUGCAUAUACAUUAUUUUCAGUGUAUGUCUUUGGGUUUGCUCCCUGUAACCUUAGCGUAAGGUUUGCAUUGUCUAUUUUUUUAUUCUUUUUAAUUCUCGCCUGUUUUUUUUUUUUUAAUACAAACAAGGAAGUGUUGUUUGGUGGGUUUUCUGUAUGAACUUGGGCGCGUUUCUUUGUUAGAAUUUUUUUUUAUAACAACUACAUAUUUUAUUAAAAGAGCCGCUGAAUAUCUUCAACUCCGUUGCAAAACAUCCUUGUACGUUUUCUUCUUUUUAAAACAGAAAAGUAAAAAAUUAAAAGCCAACAAUGAUUCCAAACUGCCUCCCCCAAGGAGACGUGUACCAUGCAUCAGAAGAACUGAUCAAAGAAGCUCAUGUGCCCAGCUUUCAAAAAUACAAAGAACUUUACUUUAAAUCAGUUGACAAUCCUGAAGAGUUCUGGGGUGACAUUGCCAAAGAAUUCUACUGGAAAAGCAAGCACAGAGGUCAGUUCCUGGAUUAUAACUUCGAUGUGACGAAAGGAAAAAUCUACAUCAAAUGCAUGGAAGGAGCCACGACCAACAUCUGCUACAAUGUCCUGGAUAGGAACGUCAAGGAGAGAAAGCUUGGGGAUAAGAUAGCGUUCUUGUGGGAAGGAAAUGAACCGGGAGAUGAGAUGAAAAUCACCUACCGAGAACUGCUGCUGCAGGUGUGCAGAUUCGCAAAUGUGUUGAGAUCGCAAGGGGUGAAGAAGGGUGACCGAGUCUCAAUCUACAUGCCCAUGAUUGUGGAACUGGUGGUUGCCAUGUUAGCCUGUGCCCGAAUCGGAGCAGUGCACUCCAUUGUGUUUGCAGGAUUUUCUGCAGAAUCUCUAUGUGAACGAAUCUUGGAUUCAAACUGUGCCCUGCUCAUCACUGCUGAUGGGUUUUACAGAGGCGAUAAACUAAUUAACUUGAAGCUGAUAGCUGAUGAAGCACUCCAGAAAUGUAAAGAAAAAAAUCUCCCAGUGAAGAAGUGCAUUGUGGUAAAGCACCUUUGUAAAGAGGAGGUCAGCUGGGACGGGUCAUCAUGCUGCUCACAGUCCCCUCCGACCAAGAGAGUCUGUCACAGCGUGCAGGAGAAACUGAGUGAGAAAGUAAAGAAAGUCUGCCCCAAACCCCAGGUUCCCUGGAACCCGGACGUUGACCUGUGUUGGCACAAGCUGAUGAAAGACGCUUCUGAAGAGUGCGAUCCUGAAUGGUGCGAUUCAGAGGACCCCCUCUUUGUACUGUACACCAGCGGCUCGACUGGUAAGCCGAAGGGUGUACUGCACACAGUGGGAGGAUACCUCCUGUACACCGCGGCCACGUUUAAGUAUGUGUUUGACUAUCAGCCUGAUGAUGUAUACUGGUGCACCGCUGAUAUCGGGUGGAUCACAGGGCACUCCUACAUCACGUACGGACCCCUCGCCAAUGGGGCUACCAGCGUGCUGUUCGAAGGCCUCCCCACCUAUCCAGAUGUGAGUCGACUCUGGGAGAUUGUAGACAAGUACAAAGUCACUAAGUUCUACACCGCCCCCACUGCCAUCCGGUUACUCAUGAAGUCUGGAAAUGAGCCUGUCCAAAAAUACAGUCGCAAGUCGCUGAAGAUCCUGGGGACGGUCGGGGAGCCCAUUAAUCCUGAGGCCUGGCUGUGGUACUACAACAUUGUGGGGGAUAAAAGGUGCCCUGUCGUGGACACUUUCUGGCAGACCGAGACUGGAGGCCAUGUGAUGACUCCUCUUCCUGCUGCCACGCCCAUGAAACCAGGGUCAGCGACAUUCCCUUUCUUUGGAGUGGUUCCUGCCAUCCUCAAUGAAUCUGGGGAGGAGCUGGAAGGAGAAGCUGAAGGAUAUCUGGUGUUCAAGCAGCCAUGGCCCGGAGUGAUGAGGACAGUCUAUGGUAACCACCAGCGGUUUGAGACCACCUACUUCAAGAAAUUCCCAGGGUACUAUGUUACAGGAGAUGGCUGUAGGAGGGAUAAGGAUGGAUACUACUGGAUUACUGGCAGGAUAGACGACAUGCUGAAUGUUUCUGGUCACUUGCUGAGCACUGCGGAGGUGGAGUCUGCGCUGGUUGAGCACUCAGCGGUGGCAGAGGCGGCCGUCGUCAGCCACCCACACGACGUCAAGGGGGAGUGUCUUUACUGCUUCGUGACGCUGAAAGAUGGGCAAGAGUUCACCAAAGCACUGGAGGCCGGGCUCAGAAAACAAGUCCGAGAAAAGAUUGGACCCAUUGCGACCCCCGACUAUAUACAAAACGCACCUGGAUUACCCAAAACACGGUCUGGCAAGAUCAUGAGGAGAGUAUUGCGAAAGAUUGCCCGGAAUGACAAGGACCUGGGCGACAUCUCCACACUCGCUGAUCCUACAGUUAUAGAACAGCUCUUCAACAGCCGCUGUGUGCUGUAAUCACAGCAUUUACUGUCGAUUUGUAAAGCUACGGUAAUCGCAGCCUUACUGCUGUUUGUAAAGCUACAUUAAGAAGGGAAGGGUUGCACAAAAUGUGAAGAUUUUAAAUUUUUAAAAACUAAUUUUUCUGCUCAUGUUAGACUACAAAGAGGCCUGGAGAAUUCAUUUCUGUGUUUUAUUUUUUUUCUUUGUUAAGCAGUUUGUAAAGAUCCUACAAAGACGGGAUCGGUGCGUAAUUAAAACGUCUUUAUAUUACCAUUUCAACACUAAAAAGCUAUAGGAAUGAAAUGCAUUGUGUCUUGUACUGCAAGUUAUAAAAAUGUUUGGAUAUAUAAUGAUUCCUAAGACUGUAUUACCAGUCUGCUGCAUCUUCCUUAGACCUCUUUACUGGUCUGUCGUAUUGAAACAGUUCACUUGCCAAAAAUAGAUGUUCCCCUACUGCCUUUUCCACCUUGAUCCUGGUGAUCGUAUCCAUGGUUUCUCUGGGUGUGAACUGAAAGGGAUUACUGGAUGAACAUGUUUUUCUAGGAGGCUGUGUGGUCCAGUGGUUAAAGAAAAGGGCUUGUAACCAGGAGGUCCCUGGUUCAAAUCCCUGGUUCAAAUCCCUUGGUCACCCUUGUUUUACUUACAAUGAGUAUCUUGUAUCAUACCUAUCGAUUGUGACAGUGAAUGUUUUGAUUUUAUUUUAGCGAUUCAAACGCACUUAUGGUUAUGGAAAAGGAGGCUUUGUAAAUUGUGAAUUUAUAAACCUGAUCGUAUCAAAGUGUAAAAUGUGCACCCUUUCUUUCUUUCUUUCUUUCUUUCUUUCUGUCCAUCUUCUGAUGCAGGGAGAAAAGAAAGUGCAUUACAUUAGAAGCUUGCAGUGUCAUCUGGUUGAAUAGAAACAUUAAUUAUACCAUGUAUUAACAGCAGGGGGCAGCAGAAACGCAGUUUCAACAGCGACAAUGCGAGUAAAACAAUUGAACCAGUCAGGAGUCAGAGGUUGAAUUCCCAGGUUUUUUUCUUUCAACCCUACCUUACAACAACAGACAAACUAACGUGUAACUGGAUCUGUGUGAUUGGAAACGACUGGACUGGAGCAGUGCUAGGAAUCUGCCCUUGGAGCAGCACACACCAGUCAUUGGAAUUGAACACUCCACAGCAAGCAGGUGCUGGUCAGUGGUGUUGAUUGAGGCGAUUCACCAUUCCAAUUGAAGAGUAAUCAGAUCGCGCCGCUCGACUUCACAAACUGGAUUGAACUCCGGCACUAUCGGACUUUGUGCUUUUAUAUUUUCCCCAGUCUGUCUCAAAAGUAAGGACCGGUUUAUUCUAUGUAAGAGUACUGGAUUAUGGGUUAAAUAGGAUAGAAGGCAAAUUUGUAUUUGUGUCUUGGAUGUAUCUAAAAUUUACCACAAACAUGUACAUUUCAACCUACUGUAGUAAAGUAAUGUUCUGAACAGCGUGCAACUUUUUGAAUGUGUGAAAACAGAUAUUUUGGUUUGUAGGUUGUGGUUUUUAACAACAGGUAUAUUUGUGGAAUGUUUGUGUGUGUGCGGGUAUUUAAGAAAUCAGUUUUAAUUAAUACAUUGUGUAAUACAUUUUUGGUCUGUCAGUACUAUGUGGCUAUGUGUUAAACAAUGAUAAAUGUAAUUUCUGUAAUCGUUCUGUUUGAUCACGCACAGUCCCCUCAUACAGUAUGAGAAUCCAAUGUAAAAAUGCAAGCUUCAUAAUAAGGAUGGCAACUUUUUAUUCCUCUAUCAGUUCAAGCAAGUAGUAGAAGCUCACGUUCCUGUAGUUGAGUCAAAGCAACAACCUCGUAUCAAUCCUAAAUUCAAGAAUUUAAGCAAAGAGGCUUCUUUUUAUGAAUAGUUGAGCUACUGUGGCUUUUGAUGUAAAAAACAAGAUGUGUGCUAGUGGUAUAUAGUUAUUACCAGGGCAUAAAUAAUGGUUUGAGCUGACUUCAUGCGUAAUAAUUAAUCGCAAAUGUGGUUUUGUUUUUAGCUUUUCUGUUAAUGCUAUGUGUGAUAAACCAGUUUUUCCCCAUUGUGUACCACUGUAUUAAAAAAUACAAGCAAUGUAAAAGAGAAAUUGUGCCUGAGGAUAUGGAAAAUCAAACGUUUGUAUUCUUGAUUUUUGUAAAUUUAAAAUAAAUGUUAAUGAAAUGUA